AUGCGUCCCCCGCGGUCCCGCUCACCGGGACAGCUCAUCCCCGGCCCCGGCACGGCUCCUGAGCACCCUGCGCCACUCUCCCUGCAGGUGGGGACCAACGGGGUCAUCUCCACCCAGGAUUUCCCCAGGGAGACCCAGUACGUGGAUGACGAUUUCCCCACAGACUUCCCCGUCAUCGCUCCCUUCCUGGCCGACCUCGACACCUCCGGUGACAGAGGGAACAUCUACUACCGGCAAGACGACUCUCCGGACGUCCUGGACCAGGCUGCAGGCUACAUCCGGGCUGGGUUCCCCCGCACCGCCGGCUCCUUCGUGCCCACCGAUGUGUUCAUCGCCACCUGGGAGGACGUGGGCGCCUACCAGGAGCUCUCACAGGACACCGAGCCCUCCGAGAAGCUCAACACCUUCCAGGUGGUCAUAGCCUACGACGAUGAGGACACCUACGCCAUCUUCCUCUACCCCGAGGGUGGCCUCCAGUUCCUGGGGACGCGACCCAAGGAGUCCUACAACGUCCAGCUGGAGCUGCCGGCCAGGGUGGGCUUCAGCUGGGGGGACGGCGCCGAGUUCACCCAGAGCCUGGAGGUGACCUUCUACCCCGGGGAGGAGACGGUCCAGGUCACCCAGACGGCCGAGGGCCUGGGGCCGGACAAUUACCUCAGCCUUAGGACGCACAUCCAGGGCCAGGCGCCGUUUCUCCCGGAGAACGUCACUGUCCACAUCGCUCCCUACGAGGAGCUCUACCACUACUCCAGCUCAGGUCUCCCCAGCGUCGCGCCGCCCAGCGUCCGGCCCUCGCCCCGGCCCGACGUGUCCCCACCGGCCACGGGGACCUUUCUGCUCUACGCUCAGGGCCAGCAGAUCGGCUACCUCCCGCUCAACGGCACGCGGCUGCAGAAGGAAGCGGCGAAGACCCUGCUCUCCCUGCAUGGCUCCAUCGUGGUGGGCAUCGACUAUGACUGCCGGGAGAAGACGAUCUAUUGGACCGACGUGGCCGGACGGACCAUCAGUCGGGCGAGUCUGGAGCCAGGCGCUGAGCCGGAGACCGUUAUCAACUCAGGUGUGCUCCCAUCACCGGUGACAUCUGCCCGAAGCCACCUCGGCUGGGUCCGCGCCAGUCUGGCAGUGGUGGAGUCCCCAUCCCUGGAGGGGAAAGCCGAUCAUCUCCUGCCACUCCUUACUGUUGUGCUUCCCGUUUGUUCACGAUAUAAUUAUUUCCCAAGCAACCUUUACUGGACGGACUGGAACCGUGAAGCACCCAAAAUCGAAACUUCCACUGUCAGCGGAGCCAACAGGAGGGUCCUGGUGAACAAGGACAUCGGCUUGCCCAACGGCCUGACGUUCGACCCCUUCUCCAAGCUGCUCUGUUGGGCAGACGCAGGAACGAAACACCUGGAGUGCACAUUCCCCGACGGCACGGGCCGGCGCGUCGUACAGAACAACCUCAACUACCCCUUCAGCAUCAUCAGUUACGCCAAUCACUUCUACCACACGGACUGGAGACGGGAUGGGGUGAUAGCUAUCGACAAAGAAACCGGCUCCUUCACCGAUGAGUAUCUUCCAGAGCAGCGAUCGCAUCUCUAUGGAAUAACGGCAGUUUAUCCCUACUGCCCCGGAGCACGGAAAUAA